AGAACAUUCCCGAAAUGAGCGCCAGUCCGGAUAGUACGUUUAUCUUCAGUGAAUCCACCACCCAGUACGGUGCCAGUUCGUACGCAAUGAACACCACCCAUCAUCAUCAAUACAAGGACCAGAACCGUAAAACUGUAUCGACAACGAAUCUGUUGAACAACGUCGACAACAGUUGGAACGCGUCGUCCGCAGUGGGAGGACAUGACGAGCAGGACACGCCCUGCAACGAUUGUGAUAUUAUCUAUAAUGGCCACGGGACCAUGUUGGACGGUGAUGGUGGUCCGUUUUCUUACCAUCACCAUCAGCAGCAACAGAACCAGCACCACCACCACCACCACGGAGGAGAUUCUUUCAGUUUAAGUGCAAUUAAGCGGCCACCGAGUGCGGGAAGCGGAAGUGCCAGCGGAGUGUACCACCAGCAGAAAGGUAACUAUCUGAUAGCGGUUCAUCGGAAGCUUAGCCGGCAGGAUACGUACUUCUUGUCCCAUCACAAAUCUCGACCGGGUCUGUUCGGGGUACCGCUGCUGAUACCGUGCUACGAUGGGGUGACCAACAAGGAACUGUACUGUUCGGUGUGGCUUCAGGUGGCCAGGUUACUCAGUCCACUGCCUCCGACUCCGCCGGAUCAAUCGAAUCAUGCUACUGACUGUGAUGAUAGCUUGGGAUACGACUUCCCAUUCACGUUACGAGCCGUGGCCAGUGGAGGUCGCAUUUGUGCGCUCUGUCCAUGGUCGCGGUUUUGCCGAGGUUGUGAAAUCCCUUGCAACGAUGAGCCUCUUCUUCAGGGACUAACCUGCUCCGGUCGAUCAUCUAGUAACAACUCAACACCAAAUCUAUCCUCGCGCGAGCAGACGCCAACCUUCCGGCGGAAAACCUACGGUAGCUCGACGACUUCGUCACUGGAUGGCAUGCAAUCGUCUCCAACGCCGUCGCUACGAACGAUCAACACCAACAGCAUACAGAUUGCCAUCGAUUGGGAUCCGACGGCGCUGCACUUACGGUACCAAAGCACCCGCGAACGGUUAUGGACGGAACACGAAUCCGUGGCCAUCUGCCGCAAGCAACAAACUGAACCCGUUGACCUGGAUCACUGCCUACGAGCGUUUACCUCAGAGGAAAAGCUAGAACAAUGGUAUCAUUGUUCGCAUUGUAAGCAGAAGAAACCAGCUACGAAGAAGCUGCAAAUUUGGAAACUUCCUCCGGUGCUGAUCGUUCAUCUGAAGCGUUUCAACUUCGUGAACAACAAAUGGGUCAAGUCGCAGAAGGUGGUCAACUUCCCGUACGACGAGUUCGAUCCGACGCCGUAUCUGGCGUCGGUCCCCCAGGAGACCAUCCUGCGGCACAAGGAACUGCUGGAAGGCGGCGUCGGUGUCGGCAUCUACGACGGACGGAAUCACGACUGUCACGACGAAAUCGUUGAGUUUGACCGGGAAAUGUCGAUGAUCGAUGAGGUGAGCGACGAGGUGUCCAUCUCUUCCAUUACCGGAACGAUCGGUCACGGUAGCGAUGGCGAUGACUACGACGACGACAACGAGGAGGAGAAUGGCCAGCAGAGUGACAUCAACAGUAGUAGUAUUACGCCGGCCAUUGUUGGUACCCAGCCGGUGGUUAUGGUUCGAUCGGAAGGAGCUUCCGGCGACGACAGCCCCAGUAGAGCCAAGGGUCGUUUGAGUAUAAAAUCCAAGGGACAGCGGAAGCGACUGGUUUCUUCGAGUUUGACCAAGACUCCGGUGAUUGAUGGGCAGUUUACGGACUUCCACAAACACCAUCUGAAACCGGAACGGGAUCCUUUCGAUCUGAAAUAUCAACUGUAUGCCGCUGUGUGCCACUCCGGAAUGCUGAACGGCGGUCACUACAUCUCGUACGCGGCCAAUCCGAAUGGGUCGUGGUAUUGCUACAACGACAGCUCCUGCCGGGAGAUUCCCUCCCGGCCGAAGAUCGAUCCCAGCACGGCGUAUCUGUUGUUCUACGAACGGCGCGAUCUGGACUACGAUCCGUACCUGCCGAAGGUGGACGGCCGACAGAUCCCACCGGAGCACCUGGCCGAGUUCGAGGAGAGCGAGAACGAGCUGAAGAAAAUGUGCACGCUUAUGUAGAAGAUAGCCCCGGCGCUGACCGGCCCCGUUCGGGGCCUCGGCGCAACUACGCUAGGUAAAUUCUUCAACCUCUCGCUGCUGCCUUCCUCCGGUAAGUAGAGGAAACCUUCCAAGCACUCACGAGCGACGAUGCGGAAGUCAACGUGCGCCAGCGGUGAUUAUGACGCCAAAUCCGUUGCAAACACGGCUCCAGAGAUCUGUUCCUUCAUCUGAUUGAGACAAAUAGUAAGACAGAAAAAAGCACCAGUCAGGGUGUGGUGUGUGCGCUGAUGUGCUGUUUUUUUUUUACUCUUACAGUGUAUUAAUUACGUAUCAUAGUGGUGGUUAUAGAAGAGACCCCAAGAUAUUCAUCAGCACUGGAAAAUUAUUGUUUUCCUUUUCUGCGGCUGUUGUAUUCUUUAUUCCCAACGCUUCGUUUUAGAGCUUAUCAAUCAAAACAAAUGUUUACACCUACCUAUUCCUCACGCGUAAGAAGCAAUUUUCUCUUGUUAAGUGUGUAUUUGGUGGGGUUUUAUCCCUUUUGGUGUAACAACAAUCGUUAGGUUGCCAAAAGGGAUAGAGCCAUCUAUAAUAGGCAUAAAAUGAUACCAACUAAUAGUGUAGCAUGGCCAAUCGGGAAGAAAUGCGGUGGGACGCGUUCCGUCUCCCAACGUUUCCCCUCUGCUGUAGAAUUUUAGUAUCGAUACUAGCUUUAUUAAUGUAUUAAGCGAAACAACACUUAGAUAAAUCCAAUCAUUUAAUAAUCAAAGAGAAUUACCUACCGGGUACUGUGUUUAGACAAGACAUUCGUGCAUGCUAGCUAAUAAGCGACUAAAAACAUUCCGAUUUAUUAUAAACGGUGGACUUGUGUGCAAACAAGACAAACAAACGUCAUCAAUCGCUACUAUCGAUGUAGAGGAGUAAUUAAGUAAAUUAAAUUAUUUAGAUAUGGCAAUUGCAAUUGGAUGGAUCCCACUGUCAGUGGGACACGUAAGCUUAUGUUGCUUGUAAUACAGGGGAUUUAGUUGGAAAUCGGACAAAGAAAGGUUGGAAGGGUUUCAGAAUUUAUUCAGAACUUGUUCAUGGAAAACUGGAAUUUAUUUGAAGCCGGAAUUUUUCCAAGCGUUGUUCUGGAGUUUUUUUUUACGUUUUUCUGUAGUUUUGGUAUUCAAUAGUAUAAAAACGGUAGAAUAUUAUGCGGAAUAUUUUUUCUGGACAUCCUACUGCCGUGAAUCGCAAGUCAGUCCCAUCUGCAUUUUGGGCAAAAAUGAGUUAAUGACCGUUUUCAAGCUUUCUUCGGAUGAUCUUUCAGCUGCGUGCAAAAAAAUAUAUAGUUUGUUCAGUAAAAUUGAAAAACAACACCAAGUCAUAUUGUCCCAUAAUGAAAUGUAAUCGCAAGUCAGUCCCAUUACGAACUUAUGCACCCUCCGGUACAAAACCUAACACUAUUUUAGCCAGUUUUAUAUUUUUCACUGCUACGUUUUCACGUUUGAAACAACAUGUGAAAGUUUCAUGAUGAUCGCAAAAGUUUUCAAUUCAUGGCGAUUUUUUAAAGUUUCGCAUGGAAAUCGAAUUUGAAAACUUCAGAGGCCAUUUUCUCAAUGCCUACUUUUUACAUAUGGGACUGACUUGCGGUUCACGGCAGCCUAGGUCAUCCAAACUAUUCUUGAGUUUAGAUCCUAAAGUCUGCGGGUGUAACGGUAACUGAUUUCAUUAUACAAAGCUGCGAUUUGUAAUUUAUCAUGUCCAGUAAGUCUUUCGAAAAUUCAAUAGACAGUAUAGGAUCAUUCGGGAUAUCCUAGAUCAUCCAAACUGUUCUUGAGUUUAGAUCCUAAAGUCUACGGGUGUAACGAUAACUGAUUUCAUUAUACCAAGCUGCGAUUUGUUAUCUAUCAUGUCCAGUAACUCUUCCGAAAGAUAAAUAGACAAUAUCAGAUUAGUCGGGAUAUCCUAGGUCAUCCAAAAUGUUCUUGAGUUUAGAUCCUAAGGUUUAUGAGUGUAACGGUAACUCUUACAUUAAAAGCUAUGAUUUGUAAUCUAUCAUGUCCAACAAGUCUUCUGAAAGUUACAGUUGUUGUUUUCAUCAACUAAGCUUCAUAACAGUAAGGAGCCCAUAAUAUCCCAAAAAUAUUUAACAACGCGUAUUGUUCCUCUAACUGCUUUGGUAAGUACAGUGGAUUAUGUAACACCACAACAUAGUGGCAAAAACUAUUAUCACAAGUGUAGCCCUGAAGCUAUGGUCUCCGGAGUAGUGAUGUUGAUCUAGAAUAUCUCAAAACUAUCAUUACAGAUUACAGUCUAAAGUUCAUUGUGAGACUAACUACUGUUACUAUAAAGAGUUAAACUUCAGGAUAGUUUGGACGACCCUCAAAGUCCCAAAGGUUCAUAAAAUAUAUAGUAGACUUAAGGUUGGUCCAGUCAUCGCUAUCGAUUAUGAAACGUUACUCAGUAUGUCAGAUAUAGCUGAUGUUACGAGUGCACACCUGAAGUUCUGAACUCAUGAAUAUUUUGGCUGACCUGGAACAUUCCCAGUGUCUCUAAAUGAUAUUUCAGAUUUCAAGAGCUUCAUGGAUCUCAGCAGAUCCUAUGCUAUUAUUUAUGGUGAAAACAAAAAGUUUUUCUUGUAGAUUUGAAGGGCUUCAUUAUAGAACAGUUUGGACGAACGUGAAUGUCCCAAAGGAUUAUAAUAAAAAAGUACACUUCAGAUUGCUCCAGUAACUGCAGUUGAUUAUGCAGCGUUACUUAGUAUAACAGAUAUGGAUACUGUUACGAGUGUAGACCUGAAUUCCUGAACUCCAGUUUGGCUGACCUGGAAUAUCCCUGUAGUGUCUCUGAAUGACAUCUGAAAUUUCAAGAGCUUCGCGGACCCCAGUAGAUUUACAAUACUAUUAUAUAUGGUGAAAACACAUAAAAUUAUUAUUGUAGAUUUGAAGGGCUUUAUUAUAGAACAAUUUGGACGACCCUAGAUGUUCCAAAGGUUUAUAAUAAGCUCUAAGACUUCAGAUUGCUGCAGUAACUGCGAUUGAUUAUCUAGCGUUUCUCAGUUUAACAGAUAUGGAUACUGUUACGAGUGUAGACCUGAAGUCCUGAACUCCAAGGUAGUUUGGCUGACCUGGAGUAUCCCUAUAGCGUCUUUAAAUGUCAAGAGCUGCACGGAUCCCAAUAUCUUGGUAACUCGGGCAGCAGGGGUGACCCUAACGAUAUUCUUGCUCGUACUUCGCCCUUGACACUACUCAAGGAUAAUGAGCAAUAAUUGUCAAUUAUUACUUCUUUUGGAUAUUUUUACCUUCUGUUUUUUCAAAGUAGCAUUGAGCAAGUUUGGCUGAGACAUCGAUUUUUGUGAAUCGAUUCGAAUCGGACCAGCAGAAUCGAUUCGCUGAUUUAAUCGAAUGCUUUGAAUCGAUGUUUUCACAUCGAUUCGGCAUUAUUAAAUGUUGCAAAACCAUAAAAUGCUUGCAGUAUGGAGUACAAGUUAAUGGGAUGAUUUAUUUGUCUAAAUAAAUUUAUUAUCAUAAAUUUUACAUCGAACCGUCUCUGGAGGAAUUCCUGCAUGAAUCCUUGGAAAAUUCCUGCAGAAAUACCCUGAGAGGACUCCCUGGAGAAAUUGUUGGAUGAAUGCCUGGGGCAUAUUCUGGAAGAAAUGUUGAAGGAAUCCCUGGAUGAACUCCUAGAGGAUUCCCUAGAGGAAAUCUGGGAGAAAUCCCUGGAGAAGAAACAUCUUGAGGAAUUUUUGGAGGAAUCCUUAGAGAAAUUUCUGGAGAAAUUCUUGGAAGAACUCCUGGAGGACUUUUUGACAAAAUCGCUGGAGGAAUCCCUGAAGCAAUUUCUGGAAUGCCUGGAGGAUAUUCUGGACAAAUUCCUGGCAGAAUCCCAGGUGGAACUCCUGGAGAAAUUUUUAGAGGUAUUCUUGAGGAAAUCCCUGAUUCCCUGGAGUAAUCUUUAGAGAAAUUUUAUGAGGAAUUCGUGGAGAAAUUUCUGAAGAAAUUCCUAGAAGAAUUCCCCGAGAACUAUUUCUGGGGGAAUUUCUGGAGGAAUCGUCGGACAAAUUUCUGGAGUAAUCUCUAGAAAAAUCCUAAGAGAAAUCGCUGGAGAAAUUGCUGAAUAAAUUCCUAGAGGAAUUCCCAGAAGUAUUCCUGCAUGAAACCCUGGAAUAAAUUCCAGAAAGAAUUUCUGAAGGAAUCCAUGGAGGAUUUCCUGGAGGAAUUGCUGAAGGAAUUUCCGAAGGAAGGAAUUCCUGGAUCAAUUCUUGGAAGAAUUCCUGGAGAAAUUCCUGGAGGAAUAUCUGGGGUAAUCCCUGGAGAAAAUCUUGGUGGAAUUCCCAGAGGAGUCCUUGGAGAAAUGCCGGCAUGAAAUCCACGAAGAAUGUCUGGAAGAAUGCCUGGAUAAAUUUCGGGAGCAAUUUCUGGGGUCAUUUCUGGAGGAAUCCCUGGAGAAUUUCCAGGAGGAAUCCUGAACAAAUCCUCGAAGGAAUUCCUAGAAGAAUCUCAGAAGGAAUUUAUGCAGGAAUUGCAGUAUUCCGGGAGGAAUUCCUGGGGAAUUUUCGAAAGGAAUUCUUAGAGGAUUUUUUGGAGAAAUUGCCAUAGGUAUUGUGGAGGUAUUCCUAAAGGAAUUCCUGGAGGCUUAGAGCAAUACCAAGAGGAAUCCCUGGAGACAUGCCUGUAGGAAUUCCUGGAUUAAUCUCUAAAUAAAUUUCCUAAGAAAUCUCUAGAGGAAUUCCUGGAAAAAUCCCUGCAUACAUUCCAUGGUGAAUCCCUGGAGGAAUCCUUAGAGAAGUCCAUGGAAAAAAUUCUGGAGAUUUUCCUUGAAGAACUACUGGAGCACUUUCAGGAGGAAUCUCUAGAGGAAUACCUGUAGGAAUCUCUGGAAAAAUUCACAGAGGAAUCUCUAGAGAAAUUGCUAGAGGAAUUCCGGGACGAAUCUCUGUAAGAAUUUCUAGAGGAAUCCUGGAGGAAUCCCAGGAAGAAUUCCUGAAGAAAUCCAAGGAUCAAUUUCUUAGGGAAUUCUAGGAGAAGUUUCUGAAGAAAUCCCAGGAGGAAGUACUGAAGAAAUCACUGAAACUCCAGAGGAAAUCCUGAAGAAAUCCUAAAAAGAGAACGCAUUGGAGCUUUUGCUGCAAUCCCUGAAGGAGAAUCCCUGGAGGAGUUCCUGAAGAAACCCCAUGAGGAAGCUUGAAAGCAACCCUAAGAGAAAUUCCUAAGGGAAUCUCUAAACAGGAAGGAAUCCCAAAGAGAAUUCUCGGAGGCAUUUUCAAAAUAAUCCUGGAAGUUGUUCCCGAAAGAAUCACAGAAGGAAUUCCCAGGUGAACAUCUGGAUCUGGAGGAACCUUGGAGAAAUUUGAAUUGAAAUAUGAAUCCUGGAAGCAAUUCCUUGCGAAAUUCCUUAGGGAAUCUCACGAGAGCUUUCUUAGCGAAUUCCUGGAAGAAUUUAUGUCAGCUGCCACAUACGAUCAAAUUUUUCAGUAAUAUCGGUAUGUACCAUGUUUUUAUGGACAACCUUCUUUAUGAUUUCGGAAAACUUUCGACCCACAGGUGUCCGACAAGGAUGACAAAAAAAAAAUAAGACAUCCCCAAUGGUUGAUGAUAACGAGAUGUAAUGUAGUCAGAGCGCGAUGUGUCCCGUUCCCCGUUUCUUGAUAUUAAGUAUUUUAUUAAACACACUGUUUAAUUUAAAACCACCACCCAAAAUCGAUUAUACCUAUCUGUGAAUAUGUAUGUAAGUACACCUAUCUGGAAUAUGAGGUACUCACUAUAACAUAUAGGAUUCCAUCUCUAUUGUUACUCAUCCCGUGUCGGAUGUUUUGUUUUGUUAUAAAUUUUUCAUUGUUUCCUUAAAUUUUCGUCUGUUUACUACACUUAUGACAGGAUUUUACUUUUGUUAUUCUUCUUCGAACUGUUGUUUUGGUAUAAAAAUACACUCUUUGCCACCGUUAUUUUUUAGGAUUAAGGCUGAUGUCGUUUAAUUACCGUUAUUUUCACUCAUAUUACUAAUUAUUAUUAUUAUUAUUAUUAUUGAUUUCCUUUUGUUACGUGUCGAAUGUGACUUGGUUGAAGCAAUAUUAAAUAUUGAUGAAUACUGUUGAAAAAUGAGAAUGAA